CCGAGAUAUCUGCAGGCCACUUGUCCAGCAUCAUUCGAGAAACUUGUCAGUCCACCAUGGCUACACCGUCUUACCCUACACUGGCCGGCAAAGUUGCUCUAAUAACCGGUGCGUCUUCGGGCAUCGGCAGAGGAUGUGCCGUGACAAUGGCAAAGGAAAAGUGUCAACUGGCAAUAACUGGGCGUAAUGUUGAAGCGCUGAAAGAGACCGCUGGGUUAUGCCAGGAGGCUGGGUUGCCGCAAGACAAGAUAUUGCAAGUUGCAGGCGACCUAAGCAAUGAUGAAGAUUGCAAGCGCAUUGUUGACGCCACCGUCUCCCAGUUCGGCCGCAUUGAUAUUCUUGUCAACAAUGCAGGUAUUCUGGUCCCGGGCAACCUGGAGAGCUUAAGCAUGGAGGAAUAUGACCGUCAGCAGAAUGUCAACACGCGGUCAAUGGUCCUUCUGUCCAAGCUGUGUCUCCCGCGUCUUAUUGAAGUUAAAGGGAAUAUUAUUAACAUUUCCUCGUCUCUGGCUAUCAAACCGGUUCCGCAAUACUUCGCCUACAACAUGAGCAAAGCCGCCAUAGACCACAUGACCCGGUCUCUGGCCCUGGAGGUGGCAGGGCGCGGGGUCAGGGUCAAUUCUGUCAAUCCCGCUGUCAUUGUCACGGAGGUGCUGAAGAGGACUGGCAUGUCGGAGGAGGACUAUCUCAAGUUCCUCGAGUACGCCAAGACGAUCCACCCCAUCGGGCGCGUGGGCGUGGUGGAGGACGUGAGUCGGGUGGUCGCCUUCCUCGCCUCCGACCACGCCGCCUUCAUCACCGGGGCCGUCCUGCCCGUGGAUGGGGGCGCCACGCUGGCUUGAGGGGGCGGGGAA